AUGGCUCCGCGUCUCUCCAUAUCUCGUGAGCAGCGUGGGUUUAGCUUCGCCUGCCCCGACAAAGACACUGCGUAUGAGGUCUUCCCGCUGCAGUCGCAGCAGCUGUACAUACACCUCAGCAAGCUGCAUGCGCUGCAGCAGCAGCAGCAGCAGCAGCAGCAGCAGCAGCAAGAAGAGGAAUGCAUUGAACAUAUCAAAGGGCUACAUAGGUUCUUUCAGCAACAACCAGGGUACCUCUAUUCCCGCCUUCUAAAACUCGACGACACCAGCAGCAGCAGCAGCAGCAGCAGCAGCAGCAACAGCAGCAGCAGCAGCGAGCUCCCUCGCUUUGUUGUUAUGAGCUCCUGGCUCACCCCACAAGACUAUAACAUUGCCUGGGCAAAGGCAAAGGCCAUCGGCUUACCCCAAAAAAUACAAGCGGGGCCCCCGGGGGGGCCCCCCCCUGCAGCAAUGUAUAAACGUGUUGCAGAUGACUCGGAAUACUCACCUACUGUUUAA